UGGAGCGACAGGUCUCGGGCCCUCAGGCGGAGUGGCGGGCGCCGGACCCCCAGGUGGAGCGACAGGUCUCGGGCCCUCAGACGGAGCGGCGGGCACCGGACCCCCAGGCGGAGCGACAGGUCUCGGGCCCUCAGGCGGAGCGGCGGGCGCCGGACCCCCAGGCGGAGCGACAGGUCUCGGGCCCUCAGGCGGAGCGACAGGUCUCGGGCCCCCAGGCGGGGCGGCAGGCGCCGGACCCCCAGGCGGAGCGGCGGGCGCCGGACCCCCAGGCGGAGCGACAGGUCUCGGGCCCCCAGGCGAAGCGGCGGGCACCGAGUCACCAGGCAAGGCAGUGGGCUCCGAGUCAAGACCGCGGCAUGACCGCGGGCACUGGGUCAGACAUUGGAUCGUCUGACUGGACAGCGGGCAUCGGGUCACCAGGCAUCAACGGGCACCGCGUCAUCUGGCAAGGCAGUGGGCUCCGAGUCAACUGGUAUGACCGCGGGCACUGGGUCAGACAUUGGAUCGUCUGACAGGACAGCGGGCAUCGGGUCACCAGGCAUCAGGUCAUUUGGCUCGACAGCGGGCACCGCGUCAUCUGGCAAGGCAGUGGGCUCCGAGUCAACAGGCACGACAGUGGGCACCGAGUCACCAGGCAUUGGAUCGUCUGGCUCGACAGCGGGCAUCGGGUCACCAGGCAUCAGGUCAUUUGGCUCGCCAGCGGGCACCGCGUCAUCUGGCAAGGCAGUGGGCACCGAGUCACCAGGUACGACAGCGGGCUCUGAGUCAAUUGGCACGAUAGCGGGCACCGGAUCAGGUACCGGAUCAUCUGGAUCAACAGCGGGCAUCGAGUCAACUGGUCUAAUAGGAUCGCUGAGUAGAGGCAUCAGGCCGAGUAGAGGCAUCAGGCCGAGUAGAGGCUCCAGGCCGAGUAGAGGCUCCAGG